GGCGGGGGUGGGGAGUGAAAAUAAGAGGCAACAACUCUCCACCCGGAGGAAGGAAUGUGGGCAGUUCAGCUCCGGGAGUGCGUGGGGAUCUUGCUCUUCCCCCUGAUGAUAGCCGUGGUCUGCUAUGCCAAGAGCGUGAAUGAGCCCAGCAACAUGUCCUACGUGAAAGACACAGUGGACAGAUUGCUCAAAGGAUACGACAUUCGCCUGAGGCCGGACUUUGGAGGUUCUCCCGUUGACGUUGGGAUGAGAAUAGAGAUUGCCAGCAUAGACAUGGUCUCAGAAGUCAACAUGGACUACACACUCACUAUGUAUUUCCAACAGUCCUGGAGGGAUAAAAGACUAUCGUACUCUGGAAUACCUUUGAAUCUGACUUUAGAUAACAGAGUGGCUGACUAUCUCUGGGUACCAGAUACAUACUUCCUGAAUGACAAGAAAUCCUUUGUUCAUGGAGUUACUGUGAAAAAUCGAAUGAUACGGCUACAUCCGGACGGAACAGUCCUUUAUGGUUUGCGUAUCACCACCACAGCUGCAUGCAUGAUGGACCUACGCAGGUAUCCUCUGGAUGAACAAAACUGCACACUGGAAAUUGAAAGCUAUGGAUAUACAACUGAUGACAUUGAGUUCUACUGGAAUGGAGGGGAAUCUGCUGUAAGUGGAGUUAGUAAAAUUGAGCUCCCUCAAUUCUCAAUUAUCGAUUACAAGACAAUCUCAAAAAGAGUGGUAUUUGCAACUGGGGCUUACCCUCGGCUAUCACUGAGUUUUCGGCUUAAAAGAAAUAUUGGCUACUUCAUUUUGCAAACCUAUAUGCCUUCUACUCUGAUUACAAUUCUGUCAUGGGUAUCAUUCUGGAUCAACUAUGAUGCAUCUGCUGCAAGAGUUGCACUAGGAAUCACCACUGUGUUGACAAUGACAACCAUCAGCACUCAUCUCAGGGAGACACUGCCAAAGAUUCCUUACGUGAAGGCGAUAGACAUCUACUUAAUGGGAUGCUUCGUGUUUGUUUUCCUUGCCUUGUUAGAAUACGCAUUUGUAAACUACACAUUCUUUGGUAAAGGCCCUCAGCAUCAGAAAAAGGCAGCUGAAAAGGCCACCAGUGAGAAGAGGAAAUUGGAGAUGAAUAAAGUCCAGAUUGAUGCCCAUGGGAAUAUUCUUCUUACCUCCCUGGAAAUGAGAAAUGAAGUCAGCAGCUCCGAUGUUCUUUCAACUAUGAAUGACCCAAGAGCUACCAUGUACUCUUAUGACAGCGCCAGCAUCCAUUACAGGAGGCCAGCUUCCACGAGAGACCUCUACAGCAGGAGCACUUUGGAUAGGCACACAGCCCAUCAAAAGGGACGCCUACGGAGAAGAGCAUCACAGCUCAGAGUCAAAAUCCCAGAUUUGACUGAUGUUAAUUCCAUAGACAAGUGGUCCAGAAUGGUCUUUCCCAUCACAUUUAUUCUUUUUAACGUCGUCUAUUGGCUUUAUUAUGUACACUAAGUUAUGCUGUGAUUCCUCCACCCAGCCCAGACUCCUUUUCUCCUUUCCUCAGUUUGUCAAUCUUAAGGAUUGCUGUAGCCAGGAUGCUACAUGUUCAAGGUACAAUAUUCAGCCAUUCAGUGGGGUUAGGAUGUCCUUUGAACCACAUCCCCAAACCCAAUCAUGUUUGCUUCAAAAAGAAGACCAUGUCUAUUGGAACAUACUAUCAUUCUUUAGAUCUGCUUUCAAAGAACAACACUGGAGACGCAAGUGCUAUUCUUCUAAAUGAUUUUUGGUUUGAAGAUUGUUUCUGGUGAGCUUUCCUUUCUUUUUUAUUAGCAUUUUAAAUGUGAAAUGGAACUCUGCCCAUUUUUCCAAACUCAAAUUGGUAUCUAACAGUACCACCAUACUCUUGCCAAACAAAGCUCAGUGGUAUCUAAGCAAAGAAAGGCUACAGGUUUCUACUAUAAAUGAACUCUCAGAACAAGAAUUGUUUUUAUAUGACAACUUAGAAGUGUUUGUUCAUGCAUGGAAAGCUAUAGCCAGCAAUGGGAUGGAAUUAGGGCUGCAGCAUUUCACCAAUUAAGUUGUUACAUUAGGAAAUUUAAAACAGUCUGGUCAGUUAAAAAGAUACCCCUGAUGAAUUGGGUUGCAGAUAAUUUUUUAGAUAAUUAAAAAAAAAAUACAAAUCCUUACAAAAAAAUCAUGGGUGGCAAUUCACAUCUAGAAGAAGCCUUCCUUCUCUCUCCCAAGAGGGAAUGCCUCUUUCAUACUGGUGCCUGGUGUGACAUGCAUAUGCAUCAUCUAAAAACAAACAAGGCAUUUUUCUUCAGAACUAUUGUUUUCUUUGUGGGCAAAUGUAUGCAGAUUUAAUCAACAGAUGACACUCAUAUAAUUAAUCAACUAGGAUAUAUUUAAUUGGGUGACAGUCCUAACAUCAUACAUUACUCACAUUCUUAGGAUCUGGACCUACAGCAAGUGUACAGCAAACAUGAAACUGCACCUCAGUUAUACAAAAAGGUUUGCUGGAAGUAAAGUAGUUGAAUAUUCAGAAUUUGCCGUCCCCACUCUCAUUCAAGGCAUACCUGUCCCACAAACCUGUAUCACCUUUAUGCCAGUUUUAACUGUUAUGGUUUCUUCCAAAGUAUUCUGAGAAUUAUGGUUUUCUGAGAAUGCUGAGCGUUUUUAAAAUUAGCAGUUACUAGAUCCGAUCACAGAACUGCAUCCCCUGAGAGGGAAUGGCUGUUAAUUUGCUUAAGUCUGUGGUAUAGACAUUUGCAUUCACAAAAAAGGAACUGUAACACAAAUGGAAUACAACUGAUAGGGGCUAUUCACACAACUGCACAGGCGGGCAGGCAGGGGGUAAAGCAGGGUUCAACCUACCUUCCCCCAGACGACCGAUCUGAGCCCCUGUGGCAAGCUAGCCAUGCACCCACAUGACCAGCGCUGCUGGGAACACCCUCCGGGACUGUGCCCACACAACCAGAGCUGCAACAGAGGCCAGGACUUGUUAUCCCGGCCUCCAGGUAUCCCACAGAGUAUGGUGUGCUGAAGACUUUGCACUGGGGGAGUCCUCCAGGGGACAUGCACUCUAGGUACCCAUCCCUGUGUCACCCUUAACCUCGGCUAAGAGCUGGGCUUCAGAGUUGGGUUUGGCACGGCAGCACAUCCAGGAUCCGCACAGGUCCCGGCACUUCUCUUGGGCAGCCAAGCCCAGGCCUGUCUGCCUAAGCCUGAGUUUGGCUGCUUGUGAGAACAGGCUCGUAUUGUAGUUGUUAUGACUGUGCCCAUGACUAAUAUUUGAUUAGCAGGUCUGACACGGAAGGAGAGGUGAUUGCUAUGCUACUCCCUUCCCCACUCUGAGAUGAGAAUGUGUGUAAACAUACAUAAUCUAUUCCCUACUACAGAUUUUUUUUCCAUGUGGUUUCUUGCAUUUUGCAAGGAGAUGGAGGAAACGGAUGGUCAGAUAUGUGUGCCCACUGUGUGGACUCUCACUCACCGCAAGGACAUAGGAAGUGCAUAGAGAUCUACGUCCACCGUAGUCCACUGCACUUCCACUUAUAGCAGGAUAUUAGAAGAAAGUGAUGGAUGAGGACGCUGUACCACACCCUUCUGUUAACACAGAGAUUAAGGUCUUUAGCCUUUUCAGGAUCUGGGAAUGUUGGGAAUCUCUUCAUCUUCAUUUUGGUAAGCACAAAAAUGUGUGUCCACAGUCAGAAAGAUGUAAAUUACUUAAAUAGUAUACUAUUUGAUCCAUGUAUUCUUCUUGCUUGACUGAAGUUACCCCACCUGCAAAUUAAUGCAGAUUUAUCCAUUAUUAUCAGACAAUUAAUCAAAUAUUUAUUUAAUUGGGUGAUAGACCUAACACACAACUUUGUGUAUACAGUGACAAAACGAUACACAGUUACAUACUGAUAGUGUAACAUGAGGCUAGUAUUUGAGCCAUGAUAUUCCUGCAGUUGUCAGAAUCAUAAAUUGCUCAGUCAACAUCCAGUUAAAACCUGAGUAUGUAUUUGGUGCUUUAAAACAUAAUAUAACAGCCCUGCUGGAUCAGACCAAAGGCCUAUCUAGUCCAGCAUCCUGUUUCACACAGUGGCCCACCAGAUGACUCUGAGAGGCCCACAGGCAAGAAGUGAGGGCAUGCCCUCUCUCCUUGUUGCUCCCCUGCCACUGGUAUUUAGAGGCAUCAUGCCUCUGAGGCUAGAAAUGGCCUUGUAUGACCACCCUAGUAUGGCUUGGGGUUGUUGUAGAGAUGGUGAUGGCACCAUGACCUUUUGAGUACUUUCUCAAUGUGUGCCACAAAUGAACCAAUGAAUCUCUGAGGAAGAGAAAAUUCUGUUGGUGCAGAAGAGUUGCUAUUUCCUCCCCAUAAACCAUUUGCUUCCCUAGAGCCACCCGUACCUUCCAGUUGGCUCAUAAAGCAUCCCUGCCCCCUUUGACCUUAUAGUACUGCCAAGCAAACUGUCCAUUUUUGUUCUUAAUUCAUUGCACCAGAAAAGAGUCUAAAAGCAGCUGAUGUGGUUCCAUCCCUGAUGCUAUACAGAUGUGAUCCAGGCCAGAGUCCUUCCAUGAGCUCUGAGCCCUUCAGAGGAAGGGCAACUCUUUUUUUAACCUGACAUAACAAACAAGAUGCCAAAUUGUUGUCAUUUAUGUUUACUGUAGACUAACACUUAUAAACCUGUAGAUGUACAUAAAAUGUAGAUAGUCACUAAUUUAGUGACUACAUUGAUUAACUCUAUGACAGAAUUGAUAAGGUCAUUCACUACAAAAUGAUUUUGCCAUAUCAGUUUAACCUGACAAAUAUAACCUUUGAAAGUAGUCUUUUCGAGUGAAAGCUAAUAUUUACCACAUCGGAGUGAAUCACUGAAAACUAUGGGUAUCAAGCCAAUCCAGUGUGCUUGUCCCUAACAUAACUUCAGUCUCUCUUUCACUUAUUUUGCAAGUUUACAGCAUGUAAUAAACUGUUGGAAAUAGAGAUGUUAGUAUACUAUUUUUCAGGAAAAUUGUCCUGAGAACUGGAAUUAAUCUCCCCCCAAUUAAUCUCCCCCCUCCCUCUCCCUCUCUCUCUCUCUCUCUCUCUCUCUCUCUCUCUCACACACACACACACACACACACACACACACAGUUAAAUUUACAUAUCUUUCCUUUUUUUUAAAUCUCAAGGCAGCUAACAUACCCAUUAAAAACAACCUCAGAAUCCAUUAUUUAAAAAAAUCAAUAAGAAGCACCAACAAAGAAAACAUCAGGUGCCUGAACAAACAGCCAAGUCCUGACUCCUUACCUGCCUCUUAAAGGCAACAAGGGAAGAAAAAUAACUGAUGUCCAUCGGAAGAGCGUUUCAAAGUCUUGGGGAUGGGCAAUAGCCAAAAAGGCUGUCUCACAUGCAGGACAAAAGAGACUCUCUCAACAUCUGUACAUGAAGCAGAGCCUCCCCUGAUGAUACUGUCAGGUGGGCAAAACAUUUGAAAGCAGGUGGUACUUCAGAUACCCCAACCAUUAAGGGCUUUAAAAGUUGGCCAAUACCUUGGAUUGGAUCUGGAAGCAAAUUGGCAGCCAGUGAAACUCUUUCAAAAUGGGCACAGUACAUUCCCAAUGGGCAAUUCCAGACCAAACCAACCCCACAUUUUGCAUUAGCUGCAGUUUUCAAAUAUACUUCAAGGGCAGCCUCACAUAGAGCACAUUGAAGCAAUCCAGCCAUGACAUGACUAAGGCAUGGUUAACCAUGGCCAGAUCUGCCUUCUUGAGAAAGAGGUGCAGCUAGUACACUAGCCAAAGGUGUAUAAAGGCAUCCCUGGCACCUUCACCUGGGCAUCCACAAGCAGAACUGGCUCCAGGAGCGUCCCACCCCCCAAAUGGUGCACCUGCCUUUUCAAGGAGAAUGCAACCCAUUCAAGAGCCGGUUGAAUCCUUUUAUUGCAAUUGGCUCUUCUUCCAACUAACCGCACCUCUAUCUUUUGUGGAUUCAAUUUACUAGGCCACAUCCAAUCCAUUACUGCCUCCAGCUCCAAGUUCAGAGCAUCCACUGAUUUCCUAGGAUCAGGUAACAGAGAGAGACAGAGCUGAGUGUCAUCUGCAUAUUGAUGACACCUCAACCCAAAGCUUCAGACAACCUCUCCCAGUAGUUUCAUGUAGAUGUAAAACAGCAUAGGGAGCAAAACCAAACCCUGUAAGACCUCAGAGGCCAAGGGAUUGAGAACUAGUCCCCCAGCACCAUCUUCUGGCUCUUUCCCUCAAGAAAGAACUGAAGCUGCUCCAAAGCUGUGCCUCCAAUGCCCAUACUCAAGAGGUGGUCCAAAAGAUACCAUGGUAAAUGGUACUGAAUGCCCCUGAGAGGUCCAGCAGAACCAUCAGGGACACACUCCCCCAUCUAAUAGCUGUUAUGGGUCACUCACUAGGCUGUUUCACUCCCAAACCCAUGACAGAAGCCAGGUUGAAAGGGGUCUGGGUGCUCCAUAGCAUCCAAGAUGCUCUGCAGCCGCAUAGCUGCCUUUGUUACUUUGCCCCCAAAAGGAAGAUUUGAACCGUCUGUAAUUAUCCAGGUUAGAAUGAUCAAGGUAGACAUGUUUCAACAGUGGUCUUAACCACCAGCUUAAGGUUCAAUGGUACCUUGUUCUCCCUUGAUAAGGCAUUAAUAAUUGCCUCCAAUCACCUAUCUGUUCUUUCCCUAGCAGGUUUUAUUAGCCAUGGAGAGCAAAGAUUAAAAAUGCAUGAUGUUGCUCGCAUGUCCAUUUCCUCAAGCUGCACUAACUUAAACAAUAAGGCCCAUAAAGCUCAGUGAGACUUACUACCAACUAACAGUGCAAAGCAUUGGGCUAUGAGAUACAAUUGUUCACGUACAGCAUUUAGAAGCUGCUAACAGCCUGCAGAAAUGCAAUUAACCAUUUAUCUGCAUAGAAGGAAAACUAGGGCGAGGUUAAAAAGCAGUGAGUGGGUAAACAAUUCACAAAGCGUCUGUGGAGAAUGCAUGACUACCGCAGGAGUUUACUCCCUAAAUUUAGUGAAUAUUUCUCCAAUUACAUCAUUCAAACUGCAUGGCGCCUCACAGGGGUGGAGCUAUCAUAGGAACAUAGGAAGCUUCCUUGUGCUGAGUCAGACUAUUGGUCUAUCUAGUUCAGUAUUGUCUACACAGACCGGCAGUGGCUUCUCCAGGGCUGCCAGCAGGAGUCUCUCUCAGCCCUAUCUGGAGAUUCCAGGGCAGGACUUGGAACCUUCUGCAUGUAAGCAUGCAGGUGCUCUUCCCAGAGUGACCCCACCCCCUAAGGGGAAUAUCUUACAGUGCUCACAUGUGUAGUCUCCCAUUCAAGUGCAACCGAGGGUGGACCCUGCUUAGCCAAGCAGACAAUGGAAGCAUGCUACCCAGGACCAGCUCUCCCAAGAGCCUGUGCUGCCUUGCCUCCGGGGCCACCUUGCUCACCUGUUCUACUCUCUGUGGUGCAGUGCACCAUGCUACCCAUCCCCAGUGGCACAUUCUUGCAGCCCACCCUGCUUUCUGCCCAUCCCCAGUGGUACACCACACAGAUGGUAGAGCACACUGUCACUGAGAGGGGAGGACACCGAUGCCACCUCCACCAGCAGGAUAGAUAGGAAGUGCAGUGCUGCUGCGAGGAAGCUACCUGUGAGAACACGCGGCUAUUAUGCCCUCCCUAUACCAUUGCUGCCUCCGUCUUAAACAUAUGUAUUUGCAUCCCAUUGACUUCAAUUACACUUGCUUUCCUGUGCAUCGAACCACAGCAUGAGAAAUGAACAUCAUACUAGCAAAAUAUGCUGUCCUAAAAUUCACUUGUGAAUAGAGUCCCAUUAAAAUCACUCAGUCUUACUAAACAGCAAACCUAUUAGCAAGGUUAAAGACUUACAUACACCACAAGGGAAAUUGGAUUUUCAUUAUUGACUAAAGACAAUUCAACUAAGGCGGCCACAUGUUGAUAAAACCAUGUAGGAUUUAAAAUAAGCGCACACAGUCACAUACAAACUGGAUACCUUAUUCCAUGGUAUCAAAGGUUCACUGGACAUUGUCAGAAGCCAUGGAAAGGGCCAUUUUCCUGCCAAAUAUUGCCUUCAUGUGUCAUUAGAUGUUUUUAAGUUCUGUUCUGACCAAGUUGCGAUUGCUACCAUUUUUUUAUUUGGUAUCUCCAAAAAAUGUUCCUGUUCAUAGUAAAAUAUAGCCCACACGUUGACUGAAAAAUGUCCUAUGGCAAAAUACUACAAAAAUACAACACAUUGAUUGUGUUACUGCAAAACUCUACAGUGGCUUGUCAGUGCUUGUUCUAUAGUAAACAUAUUUGAAACGAAGAUCCAGUUUAAAUGCCACACCAGUCUUAAGAUUCAUGCUGGGUUGCAAGUGCUCAGUAUAAAAUAUAAACAAGGCCAUUGAUGCCACAUUAAUUAACAUGCAACAUUAAUAAAAGGGAUCCAUGCCCAGGUGUACAUUUGCAAGUUUCAACACACAUGUAAGCACUUCAUCAAGCAUGUGACAAACCACGACAGUGUUUUUCUGAGACAUGGCAGUAUCACAUUUAAACCUGCCCCAAACCAAUCUAAUACGAUUCACACUUUUGAAAUUUAAUUAGAUUUGCAAAGUUGUACAUAAGAACUCGAACAGUAUAGUAGUUUUGCAGUUGCUAGUAGUGGGAUUUAUUUUAAUAGUUGGGCUAGAGCUAAUUAGCAGCCCUUCAUUAAAAUUAAAGGAUCUCCAAUGUGGAUCAGCAGCUUUUGGAAAAUUGAUGCUGCAGUCUUAUGCACACUUUCUUGGGAGUUAGCCUCACUGACAGCAGUUGACUUCUUUCCAAACAUCCAUAGAAUCUGGCUGUAAGUGCCUUACUAAAAUAGUUAACAUUGUUCCUGGGGGUGGGCAGAGACAAGGAACAGAUCUAAUGCUAAACCAAUGAGGCCUCUCUGGAAGUGUACAAGUUUAACCCAGUCUCUUUGCUAGAAAAUAUCUUUCAUGUAUUUAAAUGAUCCAAUGGACAGCAUGUCAGAGGAUUGAAAACCCAAGUUUGGCAUAAGCUUCAAGUUGGCAGAUCAAAACGUAAACAAAAAAUACGUUUUGGAACUGUGAUGUCUGAAAUAAGAGACCUUCAUUCUGUGCAGUCAUAUAACAGCUUCACUGUGUCUUCUACUCCCUCCAAAAUGUCUCAAGCCAACUCUGCCUUUGAUGCCCCAAUACAAUAUUAUUUCAGUAAGCUCUUAACUAAUGCUCAUUGACCUUUUAGCCCUCAUAUCCCAAAGGAGCUCAGCAUGGGCACUGUCUUUUCAAGACUCUCUUUUUUGUUUAUCUGUUCAAGUGUUCACCAAAAAUUAUUACAGCUAAAGAAAUACUCAAAGUGCUACAUGGAAAAUACAAUUUCAAAUACAAAUAUUUGAAAAAAUACAAAAAAUACAAAUACAAUGGAAAAUACAAUUUUAAGCCGCUUUCUCAAGUAACACUAGGGUUAACACUAGAGAAUUCAUUCACACUGUGCCUUCCUAUGUAUCCACUCUUGAGUGUUAUUUCAAUCCAUGAAAAAAAAAUCCAUGAAAAUAUAAUGUUUGUAAAAGUGCCUUGCUCAUAUAGGAUUUGACUGAAUUCCCACAGAACGGAGAAAAAAAAUUUUUUUUUAAAUGAGGACAGAAGGCUGCAAGGGAUUCUUAAGAUGUUUAAAAAUUCUAAUAUACAUCAAAAUAUUUGAUAUUACUACUUUAUUAAAAAGUUGAUUUACUGCCAUGUGCUGUCAGUUUAAACAAGCUAAAAUAGGACACUCAGGAAAUUUUUAGAAGAAAAUUAAAUAAAAAACCAAGUAAUGCUAAACUUCUAUAUGUUAAGGUUUGUACAACUUUGCUGAAAUUUCACUUCUAAAACUUUUUGUUAACAUAUGCUUCUUCUCUUUUUUUUUUUUUUUUGUUUUUUAAGUAGAAAUAGGCAGCCUAUCUUAUUUUUCUAAAGCUGACCGAUAUUUGGCUGGAACAGCUGACACUCACCAGUUAGGGAGAAUGUAACCUCCCCAGUUCUGAUGAGAGGUUCUUGUAUCAAUUUUUUUAAAAUAUUGGAUUGUUUAAAAUUCACAUGGGCAUUAAGGACAUCAGAUUUCAGUUCUCAUAUCUUCAAACCCACUGAGAUUCCUACUGCCAAUUGUGACAACUAGCUUUUCUUUAGUUGUUGCCUCAGCUCACAAAACUGGAUGCACCUGCUAAAUGUCUAGUACGGGCCUGCACAACUACGGUCCUCCAGAUGUUUGGGGACUACAACUCCCAUAUUCCCUGGCCACCAUGACCAAUAAUCAUGGAUGAUGGGAAUUGUAGUCCAACAUCUGCAGGAGGGCCAAAGUUGUGCAGUCCUGAUCUAAUAACUGAGGUGGGAUUAAGUACCAAGUUAACUGAGAUGACAGUGAUAUAUAGCACUUUCCAGUUGCAAGGGUGGUGGUGGUUUUCUGUCAAGCCAAAGAGAUAAACUGGCACUAAUGGCUUGCUUUUGAAGUUUUUCAGGAAUACUCUCUCAUAACAUUUACCUUUACACACACCAGCUAAUCUUGAAACCUGCUCGAUUCCAAAAUAACUCUGAUGCCUACGUUUCCUGCCCACUGAUCACAUGCCACAGCUGCUUCUACAAACAAUACCUAGCUUCUUAUACCAUAACUUUAAGUCUCUCCUUGUCAUCAAGAUUCCACAGUGUCAGAGGCAUUGCAUAAGAGUGGCUCUCUUAGAGAAUGAAUCUCUGCAUGUAGUCAGGAACUGUCUUGAACAUUGCACAUAGCUGCAGCUUAACUUUUCUCGCGAAGACAAAAUUGUAGCCACAUGCAUCCAAAAAGGAAGCAGAAGUGUUUGUUUUUGAAGAAGAUAAUGCUGAUUUGACCCAACUAGUUAAUAUUUAAUUAUCGAAUGUAUUCUCUGCAAAUAUGGAACUUGUAAACAAGUAUAUUUGAUCAGCUAAGUUCACAAGAGAAACUUGUUAUUUUGCUAAAUAUAAUGUGGUACAAAAUCUGUUUCUGGAAUCAGUCCCAUAACCCAUUAAAGACUGCAGUGGCGAUUUACCUGAAAAGUGAAACAGUCCAAUCAGUUCGCAUCACAAAGAGGUUGCACGCAUGACCUCUGGCUACCGCUCAGACUGGUAGCCAGUCUGAGCGGUAGCUUCUCAGGCACUCAGAAGCUUGCCUGCCUUCCCUGGCAGGCGAGCGGCAGCCGCCUUUGCAUCUGCCAUGUCAUGCACCCACAUGAGUGGCAGCGCGGCAGAGGCAAAUGUGUGGCAAAGGCAAACCCUUCCCACAUCAAAGAGGGCUCCAUGCCAUGAGUGUGGCAGCUGCUUGCAUUAGGGACAGCCACUGCGUUCAGCACAGUGGCUCCUCCCCAUGCCAGUUCACUGCCAGAAAUGGCAGCGGGUUGGGCAGAAGCUUCUUGAUCUGGUGGCGAUUGUUCACAUGGUCGUCUGCUGAGGUUAAACAGACCACUGGGUCGUUUAACCUUGGUAAACCACUGGGCCAAAAAGUCGGGCUACCCUCUACUUCUGGAGUAGCUGGGAUCCCUCCACUCCCAGCGCUCCAGACAACACGAGCUGCCUGGGGUAACCCAUGCAUCUCGUGUCAUGAGAACAGCCUCAAAUUCUGAACGGCUUAACCACUGUUGUAAUGUAUUUGUCAUCUAUUUGAAAUUGCUCUCAAAUGAAAAAAAAGAAAAAAGAAGAUGCAUUAAAUAAAGGGUCGUAGGAUGAAAGAAGGAAAGAGUAUAUAUAAUUGCUUGAGUAAUUUUAUUACUUGGCAGCAGAAACAAUAGUGAAGCUCCCCUCUUGGCCAGUAUUCCAUCAUAGCACUUAGCAAUAGCACUUACAUUUAUAUACCACUCUAUAGCCGGAGCUCUCUAAGCAGUUUACAAUGAUUUUAGCAUAUUGCCCCCAACAUUCUGGGUACUCAUUUUACCGACCUCGGAAGGAUGGAAGGCUGAGUCAACCUUGAGCCCCUGGUCAGGAUCAAACUUGUAACCUUCUGGUUACAGGGCGGCAGUUUUACCACUGCGCCACCAGGGGCUCAUCAUGCUGUUCCUGCUACAAAUAUAUUGGAGUAACAGAGGAGAGUUUGUACAAUUGGCAGUUCACUAAGCUGAGUACAGUGCAUAGAUCAUAUACGGUGCCCAACAAGUCUCAGCAACCCCCAUUUUUGCAGGCAGAGGCAGGCAUCACAACUGGAGCUUUAUAAAGCUCUUGGUCUACAGUCGUACAUGGAUACAGUGGACUGCAUUCAGCCUUGUGGUCAGAAGCUCUUCAGGCUUGCUGUAGUAGUAUAUAAUUCAUAUCUAUCAGGUACCAGUGUAUAAUUAAGUUAUCAGCACUUUCUGUCUAAACAAGUAGCUGCCAAUGUUAGAUCCAACCACAUUUGCAUGGUGUGGGGACUUGAUUAGCCAUGGAGGACCACUUUGAUCUACCAAGGAGCAAGUGCCUUCAGACAACAAUGAAUCAGCCUGGUGCAAUCUCUUUAGUAAUGGGACAGGUAGGUUUGCUUGAUCUUGCACAUUACUUCUCAAGAAGCUUGAAGAAAAAUAGUAUAUACAUGUUUUAUGUAUGUAAUUAUUUGAUUUUACCUCUCUCUAUUAAUGAGGGGGGAAACCCCAUAGGGUAGGGACUUUCCUAGGAUUGGGGCACAGCUCACUGAUGGUAAUGCAUCAGGGCCUUAGUAUGAGGCAGUGUGUCUGAAUUCCAUGGGCCUUAAUCCACAAGACAAUGAACUAUGAGACAGACAGGAUAUUUACAAUAAUGGGCGCUAUAAACGCUAUGAAAAGGAGACCUGCAUUUCAAAGACAAUUGCAGCAAACUUGCCACAUGAUGAUGGUGGUCAAAGCCUACCAUUGGUUGCAACACUUACCGCCCACCAACUAAGAUUAUCCUCUUAAAGGAGGAGGUUUUUACAACAACAAAAUAUGCUUUGUUACGGACCAACAGUUCUCACCAUCUCAAACUGAUGUGGUUUUCAAAAACCUCUUCCAGCAGCAAGUGAAGAAACUUUUCCAAGUUCAUUAUUUCUCAGUUUGAAAUUAAAGAUAAAUAGAAAACAAGGCCCGUUAUAGCUGCUCACAUUGCAGAAAUCCUAAUAAGAAAAACAAAACCACAACUUUCACCUUGGUUCAUUUCAAUCUCAUCUAUAUGUCUAAGCAAUUUUAUUGUUUUCAUGAAACCAUAUCAUAUGGGGUGCAAGUUCAUAAAUGUGUCAUAAAACAUAAUUAAAAUUUAAACAUUUAAGUUUUUAUUGCAACACAUAUAAAAAUCAAGGCAUUUCCCAAAAUGUUCCUUUGACAGUGUUUGGAACAGCUUUCAUACAAAUAUACUUAAUGGGGUUCAGUUGCUAAAAGAAUCCCUUUAAAGCAUUUGCUUUUCAGAAUGAAAGGAUUCCAAACUGAAAGGAAAGAAAAGGAAAGAUUUCUAGGAAAUAAAGAUCGACAGAGUGCCAAGGGAGGAAAAAUAGACUAAUUUUUUAUGAUUAACUUUUCUACUUUGUAUAAAGAUAUGCUGCAUUUUCUGAUUCAAAUUUCUGAUCUGUUAAUGCAAUGUGAAUUUCUGUACAAGCUUUUUACACAUUCAUGUCUAACUUUUAAGAGUGUCUCUCUGUUUUGUUUAUUGCUUUCUUGGGACUUUUGCUUUUCCUUGUAUAUAAUUGCAUGUUUGGGGUGUGGGUUUUUUGUUUGUUUGUUUGUUUUUUGCACAUACUUAAAAGGUCUGCAUAAUGUAAUGUUAAAAUGUGAACACAUGUUAUUUAAGAUGUUUUUCCAAAGUGUUUCCCGGACUAGAUUAUACAUUUUUAUAUGCUUUUUAAAAAAUAUGUAAAGCCCUCAAUACUGUGAUUAUUUUCAUAUGUUGAUUCAACUGAUCAGUGUAGGCCAAGGGCCCAAAUCCACCAAGAAGUUCUCUGGUGCAAGCCCCAUUGCUUUUGCUGGCCUCCUAAUUAUUUCAGUGAGACCAUUUCUAAUUUCAAUUUGGGUGAUCACACCUCAGCAGUGUUAUCAAUCUAAGAUUUCCUUCCCUUCUAUAAAAAAGGAAAGAAUUCAAUGUUUAGUACUCGUUAAUAUUUAGCUAAAUGUUGAAUUUCUGCCUUUGGAAUCCAUACCUAGUAGACCCACUUACAUUGGCUAACAUCCAGAACAAUGCCCCACAAAUAAGCCAGCAAGAUGUGUGAAAAGAAAGGCUUUUUAGCCACACAGCUUGGAGCAAGGGGGGAGUGAAUUUUGAUUAUUUGCACUGUCUCCAUAAGUUCCCUGUCACCUAAAAAUAUGUCCCUAAGAGCUGUGUGACCCUCAGGGACAUAUUUUCCAGCUAAAUAUUAUCUCUCCCCACCCCCACUGUGCAUGUGGGUACAGCUGUAGUCGGAAAGCUCAGUUCUGUCUUUUUGGCACUUCAGGCCAUUGCAUUGGUUGUCCAUUCAGUGUGUAAAAGCAGUAAUGUGGCCAGGCAGGUACUCUUAAAGAAUACAUAUAUGUAGUAUGAGAAUGAGGUGGGGUUGUAUUGAUACCUGUAUUUGGUCUUAAAUCAUAAUAAUUUUUAUGAGGAGGUGGGUGAACAAAUGUACCCUGCUCUAUAAGGCACUCUGAGCUUGUGCUGGAGAACUUCCCAUUGGAUUGUGCAGCUUUCAUUCAAGCAAAUCAAUUGCUGGUUUCACUGGAUGUUUUGAGCACAUUUUGCAAGCUACAGAACCUGUGUAUUCCAUAGUAGAGGAAUCAUGCCUUUAACUCUUGUCAUGUUUUUAAACACUGUGGCAUUUAGUUUCUGCAGCUAAAUUGGUCAAGUACUGACAACAUGCUAGAGAACAAACUAGGUUUCUUCACUGCUCUUUAUACGUUAUGUUUUGUCCUCUAAAGGGUAUUAGGAUUUGAGGUGCUUCCUUCACAUUACUUCCUCAUUGUAUCUGAUGAGUAUCAUUUUCAUUCUUCAUUUUAAUCCACAGCAUUACUGAGAGCUUUUGGUGUUGGCCAGCCCACAGAUGAGAAAUUGCCUCUGAAGUCAUUUUAUGUGGUCCUUGUGCCCUCAUUAGGUCAUAGUGGUAGUUAACCAUUACUUUAAAACCAAUCCAAAAUUAUAUCUUCAUUUAAAAUGAAUCUGCAUACACCUAUUUCAUUUGUACCAUGUCCUUCCUCAGGGCACACUUAGGAUUCCCCCUGACAUGUUCCCAACAAGCCUAGAAGCCAACCUAUGGCCAAGCAGGAUGUGUACCUAGAUCUUGCCAAUAUCAGUCCUCCUACUGCAUCAACUCUCCCAUGUGCAGAGCAGAUCUUUUAAAAUGAUAGGGAGCUGGUUCAAAUAUCAAAUCUUGGUUCUGUGCAACAUUUCUUAGCCAUGGGAGUUCAGUCUCCCCCAUCCACAUGGACAUUGGAAUAAUUUUUACUGCUAACUGGAGUUAAAAAAAAUCAGAGAUAGGUUGUGAUGCCUGAACUCAGCCACUCUUGGUUUAUUCUAACCAAAUUGAUUGAAAAAAAAGCAAGAUCCAAAUUCAAGGCUUGAAGGGGAUUUCUUAGCCAAUAUAGGUUUUUUCUAACCACAACUGGAAGUAGAAAUCUUCUUUGGUCACACAGAGGCAGGGAGCACACACUCCCAGGGCACAGACAUAUCAGACAGAACCAAGAUUUAGCUAUGGUUCCAUGUGGCAUCUGAACUAGCCCCACAUCCUUCUAACAUAUAAACGAUCAUCCCCUAGAGCAUUCAUUUAUUCUGGGCCUUUAUGCACCCCACCUAAUGGACUAACCCUUUUUGAGGCACAUAGUACGGCAGGAUAUUCCUUUUAAAUAAUAAUAAAAAAGUUUCAAAUCCAUCUUGUUAUAAGUUUCAUCUUGCUUGAAGUCCCAGAUUUGUCUCACUCCCCCAUGUUUUGAUCUUUGUUUCUUGAUGUUAGUCAUUAAUGUAUUUUAGGAAACAAUGCCAUCAACUCUGGAAACAUAUUAAGAAAAAACAUUCACUAUUACUACAUCAGAGUAGCUACUUGUCCUCUGUUUUCCAUGCUCAGUAUUUGUUUUCUAGAUGUUCCUGUUAAAUGCUGCACUAAAUGGCAGGUAAAAACCAAGAAGAAAAGUAGCAAACCAUUUUUCAUAGCUUAUAAAAAGUGUAAUAAAAUGUAAAUUGCUAGCCAGUAUAUUCCUAGCAACCAAAAUAAACAUUUUUGAAAGCGUGUCAUUGUACAGACUUACUUUGUACACAUCGAAGACAUCUUUAUAAAUUUUAUAUGAACAGAGACAUUUCAAAACCAUUUGUUACAUGGCUCUGUGUGUGUGUGCAUUGUAUAGAUUGUCCCUUUGUUUCUAAAAGAAUUUGUUUGCAAUGCAGGCUGAGUAUUUGGUCUACAAUAACUAAGAACACUAACACCACCAGCACAAAAAUGCAAAUGGAAAAGAAUAUCGCUACAUCUCUUCUCUCUGAUCACUUUUAUCACUCACCAUAUAGAUACUUUAAGCACUAGAACACUAGUGUACUUCUUGAAGUAUUGAUGUUUUAAACUGUAGCAACACAUGUGAAUGCAAUUGUCUUCUCCAAGAUUACAUUGUUAGUAUUUUAUGUAGGAAAUCUUGUGUAUUAUUUUUCAGCAAUGUAAAUGCAUACAAUGAAUACUGCCAAAUUUGUAACUCCUUUCUCCCAUCCUCAACAAAAAGAGUAUGUUAAUAAAAACAACUUACUAAAUGUGUGG